AUAUGUCAAAACAAUUCUCACGUGUACUUCUACGGCUCCAUAGUUAAAUAAAAGUAGUGAAAUGGGAAAGCAAAAGAAGACCCGCAAAAUACAAAAACAACGAGUGGCCCAGCUGAAACGCAUCAUCAAACCCACCGACAGCCGCAUCAAAGAUAAACUUCGUCUGGUGAAAAAGAAGAAACCUGACCUGGACACAAUCAAAAUCCACGAUGCGCCACAAAUCAGCUCAGCGCUCUUCUUCCAAUACAACACGCAACUGGGUCCGCCAUACCACAUUAUCGUUGAUACCAAUUUCAUCAACUUCAGCAUAAAAAGUAAACUCGAUAUCAUCCAGAAUAUGAUGGAUUGCCUCUACGCCAAGUGCAUUCCCUACAUCACGGACUGCGUUCGUGCUGAACUGGAGAAAUUGGGGGCGAAGUACAAGCUGGCGUUGAGGAUAAUCACAGAUCCACGAUUCGAAAGGCUGCCUUGCCUGCAUAAGGGCACUUACGCUGAUGACUGCAUUGUGAAUAAAAUCACUCAGCACAAAUGUUACAUUGUGGCGACGAAUGAUAAGGACUUGAAGAAUAGGAUAAGGAAGAUACCCGGUGUACCGAUAAUGUAUGUAGCGCAGCAUAAGUACGCGAUAGAAAGGAUGCCGGAGGCGUACGGGACGAAAAUGUAGUUUAGGAUUAGUUUUGUUUUCAAUAAAAUUUCUACUUUUUAAGAUUUA